UGGUGACGCUGAUGAAUCCCCCUGACCACGACACCAAAGAAGAUGUCCUGAGCAAAGCUGCUGGAGAAGAGCCUGCAGCUGAUGUGGACUGGAGGCUGCGAGGGCAAAGCAAAAAGGCAAAAAGCCAAGAGGACGAAAAAGCGCUUAAGGUCGCAGACGUGAAGAAAACUUUUGAGAAGCAUAAGCCUGCUGCAGAGAAAGCCACGCCACCUGCUAGAAAAGAAACAAUGAGACGAGUGGUACGACAGAGCAAGUUUCGGCACGUGUUUGGACAGGCGGUGAAAAAUGACCAGUGUUACGAUGACAUUAGAGUUUCCCGUGUAACCUGGGAUAGUUCUUUCUGUGCGGUUAAUCCCAAAUUUGUUGCAAUAAUAAUAGAAGCUAGUGGUGGUGGUGCAUUCCUGGUUCUGCCUUUACAUAAGACAGGUAGAAUUGACAAAUCCUACCCCACGGUAUGUGGCCACACAGGACCAGUGCUGGACAUCGACUGGUGUCCUCAUAAUGAUCAAGUCAUUGCCAGUGGCUCGGAAGACUGCACUGUUAUGGUGUGGCAGAUCCCAGAGAAUGGACUCACGCUUUCACUGACGGAGCCUGUGGUCGUCUUAGAAGGUCAUUCCAAAAGAGUGGGCAUUGUAGCCUGGCACCCCACUGCCCGCAAUGUCCUGCUAAGUGCAGGUUGCGACAAUGCCAUAAUCAUCUGGAACGUGGGGACUGGUGAGCCGCUGAUAAACCUGGACGACAUGCACCAGGACAUGAUCUAUAAUGUGAGCUGGAAUCGGAACGGCAGCCUUAUCUGCACGGCUUCCAAAGACAAGAAAGUCCGAAUAAUCGACCCCCGGAAACAAGAAAUCGUUGCUGAGAAAGAGAGAGCGCAUGAAGGAGCACGGCCCAUGAGAGCCAUCUUCCUUUCUGAUGGGAAUGUCUUCACCACUGGGUUUAGCCGCAUGAGUGAAAGACAGCUCGCUCUCUGGAACCCAAAAAAUAUGGACGAGCCCAUCGCCCUCCAUGAAAUGGACACUAGCAAUGGGGUGUUGUUACCUUUCUAUGACCCAGACACCAACAUUAUUUACUUAUGUGGAAAGGGUGACAGCAGCAUCCGCUACUUUGAGAUUACAGAUGAGUCACCCUACGUUCACUACCUCAACACAUUCAGCAGCAAGGAGCCACAGCGAGGGAUGGGAUUUAUGCCGAAGAGGGGCCUUGAUGUCAACAAGUGCGAGAUAGCCAGAUUCUUCAAGCUUCAUGAGCGGAAGUGUGAGCCCAUUAUCAUGACCGUCCCUCGGAAGUCCGACCUAUUCCAGGAUGAUCUUUAUCCGGAUACGGCGGGACCAGAGGCUGCUGUAGAAGCUGAGGAGUGGUUUGAGGGCAAGAAUGCAGACCCCAUCCUCAUCUCCUUGAAGCAUGGAUACAUUCCGGGCAAGAACAGGGAUCUCAAGGUGGUGAAGAAGAACCUCUUAGACAACAAGCUGGCGGCCAACAAGAAGAGCGAUCUCAUGAACACCCCAAAGAAAGCAGCGGACAGCCCAGAUCCUCAAAACGAAGCCAAGUUGGAUGAAAUUUUGAAAGAGCUGAAAUCUCUAAAAGACACAAUCACCCAUCAAGACGAGCGCAUUUCCAAGUUAGAACAGCAGAUGGCAAAGAUUGCAGUCUGAGAGCUGAGCAGGAGGAAGCGGAGGAGGGGAAGAGGCAGAAGUGUGAGCGAGGGGUGGACUGUGGAGGGAGGGCCGGGGGAGAGACACUGCCCUUGGGAAGACGUUCCGUUUCCCCAGCACUACUGCGACCUGGAUAUUUCAGCCAGCACUCGGUUCUCCUCCUAAAUUCACAAGCGCCAGCAGAAGCCGACGAUCCAAAGCCAACCUCUUUCUAGUAAAAGAUUAUUGUUUUGCUCCUGAUAAUUGUCAUGUGGCUGUUGCCAAAAGUGCUGCUUUUACAACCUGCUUAAUUGAUUUGAAUGCCAGUCCUUCUGCCUUUCCAAACUAGCAAACUUCCCAGGAUUUGGGACCAAUUACUGCAUUGUUUUUAAAGUACUUUUUUUUAAAAACUUCAAAGUUGCCAAAA